UAAGCAUAAAAUAAUGCAUAUUGGUGAAAAACUAUUUUCAUGUGAAAUAUGUGAUCGAAAAUUUAGUCAUAAAAGUAGUUUGAAUAUACACAAAAGAAUUCACACCGAGGAAAGGACAUUUUCAUGUGAAUUUUGUGGUAAAAAGUUUGGUCUGCGAAGUGUUUUAACUAUCCACAAACGAACUCAUACUGGUGAAAAACCAUUUUCAUGUGAAGUUUGUGAUAAAAAAUUUUCUCAAUAUAGCACGUUAAAAACCCAUCAAGUAAGUCAUACAGGAAAGAAAACCUUUUCUUGUGACGUUUGUGAUAAAAAGUUUAGUCUGCGAGGUAUUUUAAAUAUUCACAAACGAACUCAUACGGGAGAAAAACCAUUUUCAUGUGACGUUUGUGGUAAAACAUUUUCUCAAAAUAGUUCGUUAAAAACACAUAAAGCAACUCAUGUUGGGAAAAAAAUAUUUUCAUGUGAAUUUUGUCGUAAAAAUUUUAGUCAUAAAAGUAGUUUGAAUUUACAUCAAAUAAUUCAUACGGGGAAAAAACGUUUUCCCUGUGAAAUUUGUGGUAUAAAAUUUAGUCACAAAACUUCUCUAUCUCGUCAUAAAAAAACUCAUUCAUUUAACCAGCAAACUGAUUUAAAUUUAACCGAUGAAGUAUUCGAAGAGGAAAAUGAAGAAAUAAAUAUGGAACAAGUUGUGAUUAAAGAGGAACCUUUUGAAGAAAACGAUACAAUGGAAGAAAAAUUAAUUACAACUGAGGAUGAAAUCGAUCAAUUAAAAGAUGAUAUUGUUUAA